CCUCUCUUAUAAAAACAAGAGCAGAACUGGGAUCCCAGGGAAUCAGAGAGCACAGUGCCAGGAGUCCCCAGACCAGCUUCACCUUCCACUGGGAAAAUGAAGGUCUUCGCAGCUGCCUUCCCCUUCCUCAUUGUUGCUACUGCCUUUGGAUCCCAGGUCCAGGCCCUUCAUGAACCCAUGGUGGCAAUACGUCCUCAUGAAACCUCGAUACAUCUGCAAGGCCUUCACCAUCCCUCUGACUGCUGCACCCAAUACACUCCACGGAAAAUCCGAUGUGGAUUCAUGAAAGAUUACUAUGAAACAAGCAGCGGGUGCUCCCAGCCAGCUGUCAUGGUGCCACUGAGAAGAUGUUCUGUCAAUGAUCUCCUUCACCUGUAUGAUGAAACAAGUUUUUCAGCCUCCUUAUUUUGCCAUCAAGCUGACACAUGUCCUUUAUAUAGAACAGAAAUGUCUCAUCUUACGGUCAGCUGAUGUUACCUUUUCUGAUUUCCUCUGCUACUACAAACUUAUUUUCAUUUUCAUAUUUCUUCUGCCAUUUCCAUGGGACUUGGGGAGGUGGAAGAGGCAAACACAGAUGCUCAGGGUUCCGGCUUAUAUUUUGACUCAUUUAUGAUCUCUCCUGUUGCUCUCUUCACUUCACUGUAUUCUGUUUGGAUUCAGCACCUUUGAGUUAACACCAGCCCACUGAGCCCUAGAAUCAAUGACUGAAUGAUCACAACAGCAACUUUUUGGCUUCAGUGAAUCCUCAUUGAAAAAUCUCAAAAAGUUGUUGGGUUGAAACUGUGCUACACCCAGGAGGAGUGUGUGUGUGAUGUCAUCGGGUUCUCUAGCUGGCCAAGUCAUUAGCUCAGUAGAAUGAAAUGGAGAGCAUAGACCCACAGAGCAGUACAGAUGGCAGAGGACCAAGUGUCUCCUAGUCAAGGCUUUGGGUCAUGACAAUGGCAGCUGAACAGAAAUGAGGGAUAGACACUGAGAUGUUCCUUUCUAACCGAGCAUCUGGUCAUUCUGGUCUUUGGGGUCUUGGAGGGGACGAUGGCAUGCUAUGUCUAGGCCAAUUACAUAAAACUCACAUACUCUAUUUUCACAAGUCCUCAGAAACAGCAUGUUCCUUUUUUGCUUCCUUGUUUUCUUGUGGCACCUCUGCCCCUCCUCUCAACUCUUCCCAGCUAAACUCAGUGCAGCCUGAAAGGUUCAGUGUAGAUGUCACCAUAAAACCUCCCUCACUAUCCCAGCCAGAGCACCCAUCUCCUUUUCUCUGGAUUCCUGAAACAGAUGUUUAUUGUCACUCAAACAAUGACUGAGUGGCUACUUCAUGUUCGACGUUGUGGUAGUCAUCAGGAAAACCACAAGAACAAAACAAGCUAGAUUCCUGCCCUUCAAAAAUAUUUCAGUAUAUAGAGAAGAUUGAAAAUAAGAAUAAACAAUGACAUCUGUGUGCAAGAAUCAUAUAUAUAAUUCAUCAUCACUAAAUCUCUGAGCUUUAUGCAACACUGGAUUAAAAUGAUGAGGCUGUUGAUAUUGGGAGCAAUGAGCCUGGGGCUCAGACCUCCUCAGGCCCCAUACAGGCAGCCCAAAGGCUGACGCUUUGAACAAUGCAGGUCUUGAGACACUGACCUCCAUGCAGUCAAACAUCCAAGUAUAACUUCUGACUCUACAAAACUUUCCUACCAAUAGCCUACUGCUGACCCGAAGCCUGACUGAGAACAUAAACUGUUGAUUCACACAUAUUUUGUUUGUUAUAUGUAUCAUAUACUGUAUUCUUAUAAUAAAGUAAGCUAGAGAAAAUGUUGUUUAAAAAAUCAUAAGAAAUAGAAAAUAUGUACAGUACCGAACCGUAUUUAAUGUAUAAUAUGUACGGUACCGAAAAAAACCCACAUGUAAGUAGAUCUGCACAGUUCAAAUUCACGUUGUUCAAGGGUCAACUGUAUAAGCACACCAGUUACAAAGCUAUACUACACAUCAGGCCUUCUGAAACUUUAGUAUGCAAAAUAAUAAUCUGGAGGGCUUGUUAAAACACAGUUUCCUCAUCCUAUUCCCAGAAAUUCUAAUUCAGGAGGAUGGAAUGCCCCACCCCCAAAUCAGUGUUUCUAACAAGUUCCCAGGUAAUCCUGAUGCUACAGGGAGGAAUGGGAAUUUGAAGAGGAAUUCUCACUUCUGACUUUGUCACUUGAGCACUGUUUGCAACUUUUAUAAAAAGUACAUGUUUUGUUAGUAACCAAAAAAUAAUUUCAAAGAGUUGAAAAAAUAAAUCUUUAUGGUCUUCUCAAGACCAAACAACAGGGGCACCUGGGUGGCUCAGUCAGUUAAGCGUCCAAAUGCUGAUUUCCACUUAGGUCGUGAUCUCACGGUUUCAUGAGAUCGAGCCCCGCAUCAGGCUUUGUGCUGACAUCUUGGAGCCUGCUUGGAAUUCUCUCUCCCUAUCUGCCUCUCCCUCUCAAAAUAAAUAAAUAAGCUUAAAAAAAAAAAAAAAAAAGAACAAACAACAAAAUGGGCCAGUUCUUGUGUCGAUAUUUGAUUUUUUUUUUUUAUGAUGAAACUCAUCAGAGCGGUCUAAUUAUAAAACAAGUAGGGGCACCUGGGUGGCUCAGUCAGUUAAGCAUCCAACUUCGGCUCUGGUCAUGAUCUUGCGGUCUGUGAGUUCGAGCCCCACAUCAGGCUCUGUGCUAAGAGCUUGGAGCCUGCUUCAGGUUCUGUGUCUCCCUCUUGCUCUGCCCCCCCACCUGCCACUGGUGCUCUGUCUCUCUAAAAUAUAAAUAAAUGUUAAAUUUUUUAAAAUU